AUGUCUCCUCCUUCUUUUCUAUUCCCUCAAACUCAAUCCACAGUCCUCCCAGACCCUUCAACCUACUUCUCACCAAACCUCCUUUCAUCUCCACUCCCUACAAACUCUUUCUUCCAAAACCUUGUUAUUCCAAAUGGAACACAGCCUGAGUACUUUCACCCCUACCACAUUCAGUCAUCAAACUCCUCACUCUCUGCCUCCUACCCUUUUCUCUUCUUUACCGCAGCUGUGUUGUACCAAGUUUUUGUCCCAGAUCUCACCAUCUCUGCCUCUCAAACAUACUCAUAUGGACAAAACCGUGUAAUCUCAUCCUACAGUGACCUUGGUGUCACUUUGGACAUUCCCACUUCCAACCUCAGGUUCUUUCUUGUCAGAGGAAGCCCUUUCAUAACUGCUUCUGUGACAAAGCCAACCUCGCUUUCCAUCACAACGGUGCACACCAUUGUUUCUUUGUCUUCCUAUGAUGCCAACACCAAGUUCAUCCUUCAGCUUAAUAACACUCAGACAUGGCUCAUAUACACCUCCUCCCCAAUCUAUUUGAACCAUGCUGCUUCUGAGGUUACAUCCAAGCCCUAUUCUGGCAUCAUUCGCAUAGCAGCGCUGCCUGAUUCCAACCCCAACAAUGUGGCAACUCUUGACAAGUUCAGUUCUUGUUACCCUGUGUCGGGUGAUGCAGCACUCAAGAAACCUUUCCGUUUGGAGUAUAAAUGGCAAAAGAAAAGCUCUGGGGACUUGCUCAUGCUUGCUCACCCUCUUCAUGCUAAGCUUCUAUCAUAUGAUCGUAACGUUACCGUUCUGCACGAUUUUAAGUAUAGAAGUGUUGAUGGUGAUCUUGUUGGCGUUGUGGGGGAUUCGUGGGUGUUGGAGACGGAUCCUAUUCCUGUGACAUGGCAUUCUAACAAGGGCAUCAAUAAAGAGUCACUUGGUGAGAUUGUCUCCGCGCUUUAUAAGGAUGUCAAGGAGCUAAAUUCUUCUGCGAUAACAACAAAUUCAUCUUAUUUCUAUGGGAAGCUUGUUGGAAGGGCUGCAAGGCUAGCCUUGAUAGCAGAAGAAGUAUCUUAUCCUAAAGUGAUUCCCAAGGUUACAAAGUUUCUGAAGGAAACCAUUGAGCCCUGGUUGGAUGGAACUUUUAAAGGGAAUGGUUUCCUAUACGAAAGAAAAUGGCGUGGACUUGUUACCGAACAAGGCUCCACAGAUUCAACUGCUGAUUUUGGGUUUGGAAUCUAUAACGAUCACCAUUUUCAUUUGGGGUACUUCCUUUAUGGAAUUGCAGUUCUUGCAAAGAUUGACCCUGCCUGGGGCAAAAAGUACAAACCACAAGCUUAUGCACUUGUGACAGAUUUUAUGAACUUGGGCCAAAGGUAUAACUCAGAUUAUCCACGCCUAAGAUGUUUUGACCUUUAUACGUUACACUCUUGGGCUUCGGGGUUGACUGAAUUUGAAGAUGGGAGGAAUCAGGAAAGUACAAGUGAAGCUGUAAAUGCAUACUAUGCAGCAGCAUUGAUCGGUCUAGCUUAUGGUGAUAGCCGUCUUGUUGAUACUGGAUCGACACUGUUAGCAUUGGAAAUUCGUGCUACACAAACAUGGUGGCAUGUGAAAGUGGAAGACGAUUUGUAUGAAGAAGAAUUUGCAAAAGAUAACAGGAUAGUGGGUAUUCUGUGGGCUAACAAGAGGGACAGUAAGCUAUGGUGGGCUCCUGCUGAGUGUAGAGAGUGUAGGCUUAGUAUCCAAGUUCUACCCUUGUUGCCAGUCACUGAGACCUUGUUCUCUGAUGCUGUUUAUGCGAAGGAGCUUGUGGAAUGGACACUGCCUUCUUUGAAGAAUAAAACAAAUGUAGAAGGCUGGAAGGGAUUCACCUAUGCCUUGCAAGGAAUUUAUGAUAAAGGUACAGCAUUGAAGAAUAUAAGAACGUUGAAAGGUUUUGAUGAUGGGAACUCAUUCAGUAAUCUCCAAUGGUGGAUUCACAGCAGAUGA